CCGGAAGUAAACUAAGAAUCACAUGACAGCAAAAACAAAACUAGGUAUGUCGGAUCAAGGAACUGAAGAGAAGUGGUGGGUUUGAAGAACCAAACACAGAGAUGAAUGCCAUUAUCUCCUUAUGCCAUUUCUGUGAAAUCCAUGGGCCAAGUGUCCUGUUUUGCACACAGGCUUUCCAUGCAGAGAACAGCCCUCAGCAGAUUAUAGAUCAUGAUCAAAACUGCUCUGCUAGUUUGACCGACAGUGGCUCUUACUAUAUCCCACAGCGCCUGCAGUCACCCUCUACCCCAACAGGUGGUGGGGAUCAGGCUACACACAAGCUUUCUGGAAGUUGCGAAGCUUGUAGGUCCCUUCCCACAGGUCACUCUGGCUACAUAAGCAAUGAUCAUGAAGAUAAAGUGAGUUAUGUCAGCAGUCAACAUCCAGCUCAACAACAGGUUUUCAGUAUGGUGAGGCAGGCAUGUGUUCGGAGCCUGAGCUGUGAGGUAUGCCCUGGCAGAGAAGGCCCAAUAUUCUUUGGUGAUGACCAAAAUGGACAUGUCUUGAGCUACACCUUUUACUUGAAAGACACUCAAGCCAGAGGAUUACAGAGGUGGUACAGCAUCAUAGUCGUGAUGAUGGAUAAGAUAUUUCUCCUGAACUCCUGGCCUUUCUUGGUGUCCUGUAUGAAAAAGGUGAUAGACAGACUGCAGGAGAAGGCCAGUAAAGUGUAUGACAAAGAGGAAGCAAAAUGCCCACCAAGAGUUCAAAGACUGUCACUGAGCAAAAUGAGCAUGACUGCGGCUGAGUUUUUAAAACAGAAAGGAGGUGGUGGAUCAAAGUCUGUGCGGCCUUUGAUUGAGUUAACUAAUGAUAAGAACCUUUUCAAAAAUAUACACAUGUCGUUUACUUGGAUACUGAAGGCAGGAGGAAGCAGAAUGACUGAAAAACUCUUAGAAGGACCCCCAACGGAAGACUCGAUUAUUGAUUUAGAAAAACAAGAAGAAACUGAAGAAGGUUUCACUAUGGUGUAUACCAAAAAACUGGACUCACUGCCCAGCGUUGCUGGUGCAGGUGUUGACAGCGGGCCUGAGUCCCCAGUUGAUCAAAACCCUGGAGCUCCAACUUUUAAAAAUCUAAGACAUUUAUUAAAGGUAAUAGGUACACUGAAGUUCCACACUCUUGCCUACAAUGUGGUGAUAGGAAAUCAAAUUAUUAUCAGAGGCAAUGCAAAGGCAAUGGUAAAAUCUGUCAUCGAUUGCUUGAAAGCUUUGUUGCCCAAGGGAUGUUGCCGUGUUAUCUCAUACAGCAAUGAAUAUGAGGAUUCAUGGAGAUGCAACUUCUUGGGUUUAAGUCCAAAAGUCAUUUUGCCAAAGCACAUAGAGGAGUCUGAUCUGUAUGCAAUGUUGGACAUCAAAGGCCCAGAAAUCACUAAAGAUGCACAACCAGACUGGGAUGAUUUUGUGGGGUAUCAUUUUGAACUGACAACAGCUGCAGCACUUCCAGAAAGAGUUCCGACUGUGCUGUCCAAGAUGGAGAAAGCCAUUUUAAAUGACAGCCUCAAAUAUACUGUGGUGGAGCAAUGUCUGGUGUGCCAUAAGGAAGAAUGGAUGAACAAAGUGAAAGUGGUGUUCAAGUUUACUAAAGCUGAAGGUCCUCGCUCAGAGGAAGAAACAAGAAGACUGCUGCAAGUGCUUGGGGCCCAGGAAGAAGACAAACAGGUGCUGAAAUUCUGGAUGACAGGACUAAGUGUGCAAUACAGGACUCAUAUGCUGUCAACAUCAAAGGGACACUUGGCAGAUUAGACAAAAACUUUCCUUGUGUGUCAAAUAGUACCUGACCUGCUUUUAUUACAAGUCAGAAACAUAUUUUGGCGUAUACAUUCUAUGAAAAUUUUGUGUUUAAUGUCAUAUGAAAAUCUAGUAACUUGUUUGAUUAUAUUCAAAAUAAAAGCAAGUACACAUGGACGAACGCUAAACGGAUCUGGACCCAAAGGCAUUUCAUAUCAGACAGUCUUAAAAUGUUGUCUCAAAAACACGUUUUGGCUGUAGAUUAUACGUCAUUUCAGUCUCUUUCUUGUUAAGAAUACUGAGAUGUUUAGAAGCUGUCUUUGAAAGAAAUUUAAACAGAUAUAUGUUUGGCAUGCAAACAGCCUCGUUUCUUUGUAUAUGCCUCAUGGGCCAUAGUCUUGAGACAGCUGUAUAACUUUGAUGUAUUUUUUACGAACAGCCUGGGCAAUAAUAAAUGUUAUCUUUUAAGGGACAUUUUGUGUACGUUUUCGCUUGCAAUUGUAUGGAUACUAUUCUUCAGGAUGUUACAUACAUGUAGUAAAUACUGUGUUCGCAUUCCUCCAGUAUUUUCAGGAAUUCCUUGGAUGCGUG